UUGUAAAAAUUCCCUCGUUCAGAUUAUUUCGUGCAGUUGUCAAAUAAAGCAAAACACACGUUAAACAUAUUAUUUUGUAAUAAAUUUUCUGUGAUUACACAAAUUUUAACUUGAAAAACUUUGUAGUUGAUAUCUCCAUGAGUUUCCAACCACCAACAACAACCACAGCCGCGAGCACAGGUUUCUCGUUUGGUCUGGGAACUGCCGCUGGAGCUGCGAAGCCGGGAGCAUUUUCGUUUGGCGCCACUGGUGGCGGAGACGCGGGUGCUGUAAAACCUUUGUCAUUUGGUGCACCGGCUCCCACUGCAACCUCUAUGGCUGCCCCCGCUGCUGUAGGGUUUGGUGGCAGUUUUCUAGGAGCCGCUACCACGACUACCGGUACAACCGGCGCUUUACCUACAGCUACAACUGCAACCACAGGCUUCUCUUUUGGUACACCAACAGCUAGCUCAGCAGCCGUGGCACCCACUGCUGCUGCACCUGCAACAAGUGCACCGUCGAGUUUUGGAUUCGGUGCUGCACCGACAGCCGCCGCAACCACUGCUUCAACAGGUUUUGGGUUUGGCGCCACAGCAUCGGCCGGUACAACCACAGCAAUCGGGACUACUACCACAUCUGUAGCUGCAGCGCCAGCUUUUUCAUUGACAACAGCUAAAACCACCGCAACUGCCUUGCCAACUCUUGGUACAUUAAGUGCCGCAACUGCUCCGGCCACAGGUGGUUUCGCAAAUUUGAGUACUGCAACAAAAACGACAGAAUCAUCAGCUGUAGCAAAUGCUUCACACCUAACAUAUAAUCAAUUGGAAGAGCACAUUAAUAAAUGGACAUUGGAAUUAGAGGAACAAGAAAAAGUGUUUGCGGAUCAAGCGACACAAAUCAAUGCGUGGGAUAAAAUUCUUAUUAGUAAUAAUCAUAAAAUACUCGAGCUGAAUGAUGCCGUGCAAAAGGUAAAAUCAGAUCAGCAAACAUUGGAACAGGAGUUGGAAUUCAUAGCCACCCAACACAAAGAACUUGAGGAAAGUAUUGUACCACUACAAAAGGAAUUCCUUAAAUUGCCGCAGGUUGAUGUGGAGCGAAGUCAAACUUACCUAUUGGUUGAGAAUUUAGACACGCAAUUAAAACAAAUGUCGGAGGAUUUGAAAGAAAUCAUCGAUAAUCUAAAUGAGUCGAAUAAAGGACAAGAUAGUACAGAUCCAAUUAUACAAAUUGGUAAAAUAUUGAAUGCUCACAUGAGCUCGCUACAGUGGAUAGAGUCAUCCACUACAAAUAUUUCCACCAAGCUCGACGAUAUUACGAAGAUGCACGAAUCAUUUAAGCGUGAAUCAGAACGUUCCUUUCGAUCAGCUUACUACAACUAAAUAAUGUUUUUUAAAGGAUAUUCCAAUUUUUCACAAUAUAAAUACAUUUUGUUAAAACCAAGUUUUCUAUAAAAUACGUUAUUUUAUUUAAUUUCUGUAAAAUUACAAAUAAAUCAAGCAAUGGUCUUAAUAGUA